CAAAAUUCUACCCCAAAACCCACAGAUAACAGACUUUUAAGCUGUAGAAAGCAAUACAGUGAGUAAAAAUAACUUAGAGGGCAGAAAACCGAACAAAAUAAACGCAUUGUCCGUCAUGUCGUCUGGAGGUAAAAAGAAUAAGAAGGGGAGGGGGAAGGGAAUCUCCCUCUCGCUGGGGGAGUUCCUGGGCGCCUCCAACAACAACAGCGGCUCGUCGGUGGUGGUCAACAAGAGCAGCUGGGCUGAGGAGAGCGAGGACUUUGAGGAAGAUCGCUACCAGCCUGAGCGUCUGGUGCUGCCCACGGCCCCGCGCACUGCCCGGGAGCCUGAUGUGGACCCCGAGAGAGUACCGAGGGACCCGCCCUACACUGCCUACAUCGCCAACUUGCCAUUCGAAGUGGAUGACAGCGACAUCAACCGGUUUUUCGGGGACCUCAAGGUCAAGUCCAUCCGCCUGCCGAGGGAGGGAGGCGAGGGCGGGCGCUUCAAGGGGUUUGGCUACGUGGAGUUUGAGACCCGAACUGAGCUGAUUGAGGCCCUGUCCAAGAAUGAUGAUGUCAUGGGUAACCGCAAGAUCCGCGUGGACAUUGCCGAGGGCGAGGGAGGCAACCAGCGCCGAGGGUUCUCAGACCGUGGCAACCGUGAUGAUGACCGCAUUGACCGCAGUGAGGGCGUGUCAGACUGGCGGGCGGCCCCUCCCAGGGAAGAUCGUGAUAACCGCAGCCCCGUCCGUGGAGGGUUCGGCGACCGCGACAGAGAUCGUGGAGGCUUCGGGGACAGGGAUCGUGGUGGCUUUGGAGAUAGAGAUCGCGGCGGCUUUGGAGAUAGAGACCGUGGUGGCUUCGGCGAUAGAGACCGUGGUGGUUUCGGCGAUAGAGACCGUGGAGGCUUCGGAGACAGAGAUCGUGGAGGCUUUGGCGAUAGAGACCGUGGUGGUUUCGGGGACAGAGACCGAGGAGGCUUUGGCGAUAGAGACCGAGGCGGUGGUGGCUUCCGAGACCGGUACAGUGACAGAGACCGCUAUGGAGACCGGGACCGAGGCUACGACAGAGACAGAGGGUACAGGGACAGAUAUGGUGACAGGGGUUAUGACAGGGACCGAGGCUAUGACAGGGAUCGAGGCUAUGACAGGGACAGAGGAUAUGACAGGGACCGAGGUGGCGGCGGUGGCUUCCGUGACGACCCCUGGCGGAGGGACCGCGGCGAUGGUCCCCCUCGUGGUGGUGGUGGGUCGGACAGCGCGCCCAGGGAGAGGCCUAAGCUGAAUCUGCAACCCCGGGGUGGUGGCGGCAGUGGUGGCGGCGGCGGUGGCGGUGGCGGUGGAGGCGGCGGUGGUGGUGCAGAUGAGAAGAAGGAAUCAGGCGGCACUGUUGGUGGUGGUGGCGGCGGCAGCAGCGGUGGCGGCAGCAGCGGUGGCGGCGGCGGAGGCGGUGGUGGCGGUGGCGGUGGCGGUGGCGGUGGUGGCGGCAUCUUUGGGUCAGCCCGCCCCGUGGACACUGCUGCCCGGGAGAAGCAGAUUGAGCAGAAGCUUCACCACGGGAGGGAGCCGCCUCCCCCCAGAGGUGGCAAGGAGGGAGGAGAAGGAGGAGGAGGAGGAGGUGGUAGGGAAGGAGGAGGUAGUAGGGGAGGUGGAGGUGGAGGUGGAGGAGGAGGAGGAGGAGGCAGCAUCUUUGGGGCAGCUAAGCCAGUGGACACAGCUGCCCGUGAGCGCCAGAUUGAGGAGAAACUGCGGAAGCUGGAGCCUGCUGUCAAAGAUGAGCCUCGUCGCUUUGAGCGCCGCGACGAUGACAGGAGAGAUGACCGCAGAGAUGAUCGUAAUGACUGGCGGCCUGAGAGGAGAGAUGAUAGAAGGGACGACAGGAGAGAUGGAGGAAGGGAUGACAGGAGAGAUGGAGGAAGGGAUGACAGGAGAGAUGGAGGAAGGGAUGACAGGAGAGAUGGAGGAAGGGACUUCAGGAACGGCCCCCCCAGUGAGCGUGAGGAGCGGAGGGUUGUGCGGGACGGAUCCAUGGACAGCCAGCGGAGUGAUGGCCAGCGGGGCGAUGGCCAGCGCAACGAUGGUCAGCGGAGUGAGGGUCAGCGUGGCGAGCAGCAUGACGGCCCCGCCCACCCCAAGGAGCACAAGGAGCCCCAGGUGAAGAGCCAGAUCACUGCGGAGGAGAAGGUCGUUGACACCACCAACAAGUUCUCUGGCCUUGAGUUGGAGGCUGAAGAUUAGGAGCUCAAAUCCGAGUAGCGUGCCAGGCAGGCCGAGCCGUCUAGCCUGCAGGCGUUCCAGAGUGUGUGGCCGCCUCCCUGACGAGCUCUCGCUGCCCUAUCCGGCACAGCCCCCGCCACCAGCCCAGUGACAGACACCCUGUGGUGGCUGUCAGUGUUCCCGGCACCUCGGCGCGUGCCCCGGCGUGGCCCCCACCCGGCUGCACCCACGCGGUCAUCCGGAGCUGAGCACAGAGGGAUGUCCAGGCUUUUUUAUAUGUCGCCGAUUCAUGCUGAGUUUUAGGGUUGUAUCGUCUCCCUCCAGGCUGUGGCUGAAGCAUGUUGCCUCUGAAGAAUAACUCCUGUGUGUUACUCCCUUUGAGGUGGUGUGUUUCAGGCAAGUAUUGGAAGGGAUGUGAACAGUCCUGGAAAUCUUCAGCACACACUGUUUGACCUCUGUAGUGUGAUUUGAUUUUAACGAUUUUAAGUGUGCAGAUCUUGGUCAAAGAAAUGCCACUCAUCAUUUCCGCAUCUCAUGAGAUGGUUCACGAUUUUUCUCUGUAUAACACUGUAGUCAAUGCCGAAAUCUAGUCUUUUUUUCUCGAGUCGCUUUGAAGACUUGCGUCAAACCCCCACAACACCGAGUCUUGGCAACACACCCAAGCCGCGGCGUUCCCAAGACUCGCUCAACAUUUUUCUCAAUUUUUUAUUCCUGGGACGUUAGUUUUGUCCUUGAGUUGGCUUGAGAGAAAAGCUUGCAGAGGGUAUUCGUGGGUGUGCCAGUGCCGGGUCACGCCGGGGCACAGCAGCCGGCGCCAGUGGUGCAUGUAUAUCUCUCCCAGUCUGUUGGUCAGUCAGUCAGUCGGUCUGUUAGUCAGCUUUUGGCGGCAGUGUCGACAACACGCUGUGGUCUGACACGACUGCUUGUAGCCUUCUCUACCUGUGAUGAUGACCUCCCAAGGCUGUGUUGCCCUCCAGGUGCUUAUCAUACUGAGCUGUUUCCCCCUGAGACAGAAAGACAGGGAGAAGACAAUGAGGUGAGAGAGAGCAAGGUGGAAAGAGAGGCCAGUUGAGCAGAGCCGACAUUUCCCUCCAGUCUGACCGUCUGUGUUUGCGACUGAUGCUCCGAGCACUGUCUGUGGCUGUCUGCCAAAGAUGACUGUCACGUGUUUGGAGGGAGGCGAGAGGGAGAGAGGAAGGCAAUGGGCGGAGAGAUGGAGGAGGACGGGCCGGGCGAGGCAGAGAGGGUGUUGUCAGGGCAGGACUCGGCACUUAGUUAAUGUUAUCACUAUUAUGCUUAUCAUACUUAGUAGCUUAAGCAGCAGCUCCUGGUACCUAGCCGCCAGGAUGCACUAAGGUUAAGAGAUCUUUAUUAAUCUAUAAAUAUAUAUAUCAGUUUUGUUGCUGAGACAUUGUAAAAGGAAAUAUAACAAAAUACAUAAAUCAUGGCCGAGUAGUUUUCAUAGAAUUAAAUGUGAGUGUUGUUCUCUUGGAUGUAUAAGACGUAAAGUUAGGUUAGCGUUAAUGUGUUGGGUAUUUGACACGUGUCAUCACUUGCUGUAAGCUUGUCACUUGCACUAACCUGAGCUAGCAGAGUAAGUAUAAUUUUAUAAUCUGCUUUUCCCUGUUUUUAUGCCUUUGCAGAGUGUGCUAGGAUUAAAGAAGACUUGGUAUGGUAAGACAUCUUUUUACUCCUUGGGCCCUGAAAUUUUAUUCUGGGGCAGUGUUGCUUAUUAUUAUUACUAUUGUGCUGUGUUAUAAUUUGGCAUAAUAAAGUAAUAAAUUAC